AUGAUGCAUACAUAUUGCAUUAUAUUUGUCUUUCAGCUGCUCUCCCUCUCUGGGGCUAUGGAGAGCGGCAUUGUGGAUGGUAAGAAAGUAAAACCUCAUUCUAGACCCUACAUGGCAUCACUGCAGGUUGAUGGAAGUCAUAAAUGUGGUGGGAUGCUUAUUCGGGAGGACUUUGUCCUAACUGCAGCACACUGCAAACUACCUCAGCAAAUGAUGGUGGUACUUGGAGCACAAGACAUAACCAAGAAAGAGAAAAGUCAGCAAAGGAUUCAAGUGAAGUACCAUCCAUAUCCGAAAUACAAAAAAGGGCAAUAUGAUAAUGACAUCAUGCUACUUGAGAUGACCCUGUUUUCUUUCACAGUUAAAAAGAAUGCCACACUUAAUAAGUAUGUUAAGACUAUUGGACUACCUAAGAAAGACGAAAAAAUUCCUGACAACAUCCAGUGUGCUGUUGCUGGCUGGGGCCGAAAAGGAAAAAAGAACCUUCCAUCACACAUACUGAGGGAGACCAUGGAGAAGACACAAUCCAGUAAUGAGUGCACAAAAACAUAUGGAAAAGACUUCAAAGCUGAUCACAUGAUAUGCACUGCAUUUACCAAAAAGAAGGGAGGGUUUUGUCAGGGUGAUUCUGGUGGACCGCUUAUCUGUAACAACAAGCUUCAGGGGAUAAUAGCAUUCACUGCCAAAGACUGUAAUGAUCCCAAGUAUCCCCAUGGUUCCAUUAAAAUCCAGGCCUUUCUUCCUUGGAUGAAGAAAGUGAUGCAGGGAUCGGGGGACACUGCAUAA